AUGAUGACCAGUAAGGAUGAUGAAGAUGGUGCUGAAGCUGAAGGUUGAACGAACGAAGAGGGCACAAAUAUCAUCUUUCUGUAAAAAUAUUGAAAAUUAAUGACGGGUUUUGGAUAUAUUUCUAAUGUUCUUAAAAUUUAAAAUUUUCAACUUAAAUGUGGAUAACUUCCGAAUGAAAAUUAGAUUUUUUUUGUGAUCGCAGAAAAUAAAAAUAAUUCCACUGUUUCAAAAACUUAUUACAAUAAAAAAAUCAUUUCUUGUUUUUUUUUCAAGUUUUCUCGGCACAAAAUAUCUCGAUUUGUUGCUGGUGAGUUUAUUUUUAAUUUUAUAAAAUAUAUAAUAAACAUUUAGUAAAAUGUGGAAUUUUCGGAAAUUAUAUUCGAUUAAAUUUUAAUAAAAAACUAAUAUUCUUUGAAAAAAUACCUUUUUAGAGAUGAACACUCCCAAACGACCUGCGCCUGAAAAUAUCAGCAACAUACCUGGUGCUCCGGCCAAAAAAAUCGAUGAAAAAGACAAGGAAAUCUCACGAUUGAAAAAUGAAAAUGUACGCUUGAGACAACAAGUGAAAAAGGCUAAUGAAGAAAUGGAGAUUAUGAAGGCGAUGUACAGUAGUAAAGGGGAUGGAUCAGCGCCACUUCUUCCACCAAACAUACUGCAACAACAGCUGAAUGAUGCACGUGGCGAAAUUGGUCGCUUGAAAGUUGAAAUUGAAAGGAAUUCGCAAUGGUUCCAAGAAACUUUGGGUAAAAGAGAUGAGGAACUGGCAAAGCUGCACAAUGAAUUAGCAGAACAGAGAGCUAAUUUGAAAAAAGCGGAAAACGAGUUGGAAAAUAAGGAGAAGGAAACUGUGCAGAAGAACAAGGAUAUUUUUGAGCUAAGACAAAGACAAGAAGUUAAUCGACAAGACACUGCUACAUUGAAAAGGCAGCUGGAAGCAGCUUUGAGAGAGAAAAAAUUUGAGCGGCAAAAAAAUCCUUUCUCGAGCUUGUUGAAUUAUACUUCGCGCCAAAAAAGGUUCAAAGCUGCUCUGAUUUCUUUGAUCCAAAUUGCUGAAGAGGAAGAUUUCUCCGAACUUCUCAAUCUUAUUUAUAAACAGGCUGGAGAAGAUGAUGAUUUGACAAUCCGAACAAAAAUGACUCCAUCUGAAGCAAUGUUCAUCAUGAACCGGGUGAAAAUGACCAAAAAAGGAGUUGAAGCAAUGAAAUCGUUUCUCCGGCAUUUGGGCAUAGCUGAUCCAUUUCCAUCAAGAGCAGAUAUGGACGAACUUGAAAAGGAGAUGAUGGAAAGUGCAUUUAUCAAAGUUUUCACCGAUCCAGAUGGAACCGUCGUUGGAAAAGUUGAAGAUAUCAAAGCAUUUAUCGAAAUUAGAUUGAAAGAGCUUGCAGCGGAGCAUAAAUUGAUAUUUGAUAAAGUCACGGGGGAAGAUAUUCACAUUGCUUUUUUUGCUGAUAAAGGUGGUCCAACGACAAAAUUGGUUGCUGUCAUCAUCAACUUGAAGAAUCCCAAUAGUAGAUAUCAUAUAAUUCCUCUGGGAAUGUUCAAUGGCGAUGACAAUGCUGAUAAUAUGAAGAAAUAUCUCGGAGAUGUUCUUGAACAGAUCAAUAAUUUGGAAAGUGUGGAAUAUGAAGAGGAUGGGAAAAUGGUGAAACGAAGAGUGGAGCACAUGCUUGGCGGGGACCUGAAAUUCUUAUCCUCUUGUUAUGGGCAUUUCGGUAAAGGGGAUAUAGAAAAACUCACCUUUCAAUUUUUUUUCAGGUGGAAAUUGCCAUGACUUGUGCAUUCUCUGCUACGCGAACAAUGAGAAGAAUCACAAUUUGGCACAUAUUGAUCUUUUGAAAGGAGAAGCUCGAACUUUUGAUGAAUACGUGAAAGAUGCAAAAAAUGGUACAAAUUCCAUAUAUCCCGACACCGAAAUUCUGUUCAAGCGAGUAAAAUUCGAAAAUAUCAUUCCUCCAUCACUCCAUAUUAUUAUGGGACUGGCGCAUAGAUAUUUUUUCGAAUAUUUCCUGAACUUGGCAGCUUCGAUGGACAAUCCAACUUCACAACCUGUUACAAAAUUGAGCCUGAAGAAGAGUCACCUGAACCGAAUUUCGAGAAAUUUAUCCCAACAAAAAGCAGAAAUUGAGGAGAUUAAAAAAGAGAAAGGAAAAAUGGGCAAGAUUUUGGAAACAAUUGAUCAUUUUAUUGCAAAGAAAGUAGAUAAAGUAAGAAAUCCUCCACCACAUUGCUCUGCGAAGCAUUGCUUCUAUCAGGAUAAAAAGAUGAAAGUGACUAAAAAAGAGAGGUUGGAUAUUGGAAGGUUCGAAUGUGAUGGGUGUCAAGGAUUUUUCCAUGGAAUUUGUAGCGGUGUAUUCACUAGUGAUGAUCGCGACGAAUUACAUCACCCUGACAACAUCCAUCAAUGUUUUUCGUGUAGAAAAUGGGACUUGAAUAAGAUCAGACGGGAUUUGGUCAAGAAAAUGGAUUUGACAGAUGUCUAUGUUGGAAAUUUGGAAAAUGAGUACAAUUCGUUGAACGAUGAGAAAACUAAGCUGGAAGAUGUCUAUGGUGGUAAUGGUGGGUAUCGCAAGAAAUUAGAGCAAUGUUGGAAAGAAAAUGGGGCUGAUAUGUCAACUUAUAAACAGAACUUCAAUGGUAAUCAAACCUACGCAUUGUUGGAAACCAAAGCCAUCGACGAAAUGUUUGCUAUUUUCCCAUCAACAAUUCAACAUGAGCAUUUGAAAGCGGCGGCAAAAAAUCUAGGUCUUCUCCAAAGUUUGUGCACAUCCAAUAUUUUUGAUGAUGAUCAACAUCUUGCAUUCGAGACCGCACUCAAUGAUUUUAUCGAGGAGUUGAAGAAAGCGCACCCAGAUGACACCAUCACGCCAAAGCUCCACUGGUUGCAUAAACAUGUUCUUCCAUUUGUCAAACUUCAUCAUACUUGGGCUCGAGCCUGUGAGCAAGGAAUUGAGAGUAUGCAUGCGUACGCGAAUGAAUUGAUGCGACAGUGAGUUGUAACAAUAAUAUCGUUUGAAAAUCCGCUUUUUCCAGUUUUGCUUCAUGUCGCUCGAAAGAAUUGCAAAUGUAUCGAGUUUUCAAACGUAUGAUCUUGAACAAUCGGUUGAGCGACAAGUUCAGAUUCUAA